AUGACCGACAGUAAGUAUAAUGUAUUCCAGUAUAUUAUAGUUUGUAUUGUGAUGUAAUACACCUUUUUGUUUGAUUUGCAUAUUUUUGUGCCCGUCUAGCAAAAACCGAAUCCGAUAAUUUAUCGAUCAACACAUGGUUAGAAGAACAUACAAGAACAAUCAAUCUGGACGACGGGAUUUUCGAUUCGUAUCCACUGGACAUCGGUCUGGCCGAUUUGAAGUCUAUGCGUUCGCCACCGCUAAUGUGGUCGGAUUUCGACCAAACACCAUCGGAUAUGACUAUUCUAAAUACUGGAUCGACGCGUAAGGGCUAAUAAGGAAUCAAACUAGAAAUUAAAAUUUUAAAAUUUUAAAUUUUAGUUUUCAGUAUUUCAACUUUUAGUAUUUUAGCGUUAACCGAACAAAGGUUAGAAACAUAAAGUGUCGAUAAAAUAUUUUGCAAAAUAAAACGCAAUAUUGCGUCUAUCGAUAAGUCGAAAUAUACAUUUUUAGAGAUGUCAAUGAGCGUUUUAAUUUAUAACGAAUGCGACUAAAUUAUAACUGAAUAUUCAGUGCAAAUCACUCUUCAUGAUUUAAUCAAUAAAAAAAAAAAAAAAAUACUAUUUUAUGUAAUUCAAUCAUUGCAAUCGAAAAAUAAUUAUUUUAGUCCGUUAAUAAUACUAAUAUUAACGUAUUCGUUUUUAAAUUUUCAAACACGCCAGUCGAUAUUCAAACAGAGUUCGAUGGCAAAAGGCCGGUAUUAACCGGUUCCGUAUUGCCAUGUCCAUAUGAAUUUCGGAGUUAUCGUUUCCACUGGGGCGCUAAAAACGACGAGGGCGGCGAACACCGCGUUAUGGGAAAACAGUAACUAUUAUAUUUCAAUCAACAUGCGUUUUUUUUUUUUUUUAUUAAAACCUGUAAAUUUUAAUAGAUUUCCUAUGGAAAUUCAUUUGGUGUUUCAUUCCGUCAGCCAAAACUUGCACACAGAUGAAGUUCUUGACGACGACAACGAUAAUAAUAUGCUCAUAUUGGUGUACCUAUGCAAAGUAUAAAAAGUACACAGCAACAGUACAUUUUAAACGAAACUAACCACCGGGAUAUUUUUCAGUUGGAGCCAGACGAAAAUGCGAUAUUGAAUGAUUUGGUGUCGAAUUUGGAAAACGUCAAAAACCCUGGAGAUUCGACCAAAAUUAAAUCGUUUUCAUUGUGCAAUUUAUUCGACCGAAAAAUAGAGAAGUAUCUUAUGUACUUGGGUAGAUCAGAUAAUAACGAUAACAUAAAACCGAUAUUAUGGAUGAUCAUUCCGAAAAAAGUUUCAAUCAGCAAAUCACAAGUUUGUAUUAUACAUAUUUUAAGUUUUAAUUCAUCUGGGCGUUUAUGGUUUGUUUUUUUGUUGUACAGUUGUCCAUAAUUCGUUCGCUAGAAUGGCUCGGGGAUAAAGACAUCACGUCAAACUGUCAACCGCGAUCCGGAUCGUUACACCGAUUCAAACUGUACAACGUGACAUCGCAAGCCGAUUGUGCUGUGGAAUAUCUUCUGAAGGACUUGGCGAGUGGUUUCAAACUUCCGGUUUCCGAUAACCGUGAUGACCGCCCCGAAGAAGAAGAGCAACGACAAACGACGAUGAUACACUUCCAGGAACGUGACGACAACAUUGGACCAGAAAGUCCGACAACACCAACCAUUGACACCAUGAGUUCACAAGACUCUGAGAAUACUAUAUGCGAAACUGACGAACGGGUAGAACUGGUAUUAGAAUUUCGGCAAGACGAAACGGACCCACAAUCGACACCACCACUGCCAAUAAUAUCAUCACCGCUCAGUACCGACAAAAAAAUUCACGAUGAAGACACGACGCUGGCUAAAGACACCGUCAUAUGGUAUUUAUUCUUGUAUAGCCUUAACAAUAUUAUAAGGCCAUAGAAUUGCCAAACAUCAUCUACUAUUAUCCCCCUAUCGCAUAAAAAAAAAAAAAUUAAUUAAAAACGAAUAUUCAAUCCAAUAGGUACAGUUUCAUAUGCAAAUAUUAUAUAUUAAUCGAUGUCCAUUAUAUACUCACAGCUCCAUUGACAGUCUAUUAAGCGACCUAAGUGACAGUACUAUAAAAACGGAAUGUUCAAAAGAUAGUGGUAAUCGAAUAGAGCUAGUGAAAUCUCGCAGAGAGGGCGUCCGUAUGAAUUCUACAUCUCUGAAAAGAGAAAUGUAUAUAAAGAAUAAGCUACAAGAACAACUCAAUGGACAAAAAAAAUAA